CGGGCUUGUUGAGGGAGAGCCCGCGUGGCUCUCUAAUUUCGCACACGCUAAUAUGACCUCCUUUAGCAGCAUUGCCAUUUCACGUCCUAUCGAACAUCUAAGUUUCCCGAAUGGCUUUAUGGAUCGGGGGUCCAAGGAGCUGAGCAAGAGUGAAUGUAUUUCACGUGACUUGUCUACAGACGUUAUGCGUAGCUUUGAAGCUCAAGGAAGGCCUCAAGUAGCGACGACUACAAGUCGAGUUCAUCAAGUCAAAAGCGGGACACCCGAGCCCCAGCAGGGAAAGAACCAGCACCAGGACGAUGACGACAAUGCAAGCGAUGAUCAAGCAAGGGAAGCGGGAACAAAGGGAGCAUCAGAAUGGUCAGAACAGGAGGCGGAAUCAAUGUCACCCAAUUAUGGGAGCAUCCAAGCUCACGUACUACCCCUGAACCCUAGGGUGAACAAACCCAAACCCCACGAGUCUGACGACACAUCUCCGAAAAGGUGUCCGGCGAUAUUGAAGGAAGCAAUUUGGUCAGCUAUCUUUAGCUGCUGGAGGCCUAAGAUUUCAGCAUCUCAACUUGAAGAUUCAGCAAAUGAAACAGAAAUCACUCCGGUCAAUGGCGAGCCGCGAUCUUACACAAUUAAACGCUCUUCUCAGGAGUGGUGGCUUGCCCAUGCUUCCGAACCAUGGGAAAAUGUUUUGCCAGGGCAGGACAUGGCCACACUUGUCGACCGACACUUGCUUCAUCUCAUAUUUUCGUCCUGGCACCAAGAGUGGAUAGCUGGCCCACGCAGCCUGCGUGGGAAUGCAGACUGGAUGUUCCCUUUAGAUACGAUAUUGAAUCAAGAAGAGAGAGUUGUUGAGCGGCUCGUUCAUGAUGUGUUUCUCCACUUGGGUAGAGCAACUGCCGGUUCAGUGAGACGAACUCCUGCUGGAAGCUCAACUUCGAAUACCCCAUCCCGACCUCCUACAAGACCGCACCAAAAAUCCUCCGAUGCCUCCAAUAUCACUAGAAAGCGGAGAGAUAGACAAGAGGCAGAGCCGGGUGAAGAUGGAUUGGAUGGUGAUGAGCCAAAUCGGAACGACAGGGCGAAGCGUAUCAAGAAGACUACGGACGAAUACAAUAGAUACGUCAUCUGCACGCAGUUCGCCGCAGGGCAAGAGCCAACACGUCCCAACUGCUUCUUUGGAGCAUGGCGCUCGGUGGACAGAUUGAAACAAGAUCACCUGAUCAACGUUCAUAACUUCAACACAUCGCAGUUGAAAAUCGACAGAGGCGGAACCGAGGCCGAGAAAUGGUGGCGGUUAUUUGACAAGCUAAAUCCUGGGAUUCGGGAAGCAAACCCUGAAGCUUUCAUACCUGGGCCAUUCUGGGAGGAUCGUGUGGCCCAUAACACGUACAAUAAAAUAUUUUCCGAGGCCAUGAAACGGGCGGAGGAAAUUCGGGAAAGGCGUACUCAGAGUUUGGCUUCAGACAUCCAAGCCCUUCUGAAUAGACAAAGAGAUGUCGAGAGGCAAGAAAUUCGGCAAGUUGUAAUCGACAUCUUACACCCCGGAACCGGAAAUACGAAUUCGAGCGAGUCGCCCAGCAGCGUAGAAACAAUGGAACCAGAAUCAGAUAAUUUCCAUUAUUCAGGUAGCAGAAAGUCCACACCCCCAGUACAACAACCGGAUACCCAGCCAAUGGCUUCGUCAACGCUUAGCAAUCGUCAUCAGUCGGUGGUGUUACAUCCCAACGGGCCAGACCCUACGAGUUCCUUUAUUACGUUAUCACUUCCUGGGACUCUUUCUGAUGCCCUCGAGACGCACGCUUCCUCGUCGUGGGAGAUGUCACAAGAUGAUCUCGGCAUGGGUACACAGUCAACCUAUAAUAGCUUUACACCUCAAGUGUCUGACAUGCUGGGAGUUCAAUUUGGUGCUGAUUUGGCUAUGACAACGACAUCUUCAUCUGAGACAAUGUCAGGAACUUUCUCGGCUGCAAAUGACUGCGAAGUAGAGCAACCUUUGGGAAAGGUUUGCCGGUGCAGGUUUCAUAGCAUCGAGUGCGACCGUGGGGUCGGAGAUGGAAACGAAUGGUGCGCGUGCUGCUCGGGGUGGCUUCCUUGGUCAGCCUUUGCGGAUGGCUUCUUAAGAUAGAGCGGGUGAUUAUCAGCAUAAUACAACUCCUUCUGCGAGGCCCUAGAUAGUAAUCUUACAAAACCC